UCGAUACCGUUGCAUUCACAACGGUUUCGUUCGCAGCACAACAACAUCUUCAGUACUUUACUUGCUUUUAAAUAUGAUACGAGUGCUCUGGCAGAACUCGUAGAUGGAGGAGUUGUAGAUCUUCUCACCACCCGAUUGACUAGGUAUGUUGAACUGUGUCGAUCCGGUAAAGCUGGCUUAUACCCCUCAACGUCCUCAGCAGAAUCGUACACAAUCGGCAGAGGCUGAGAUAAGUUCUUCGCUUUUGGAAGAAUCCUUUGAAGAAUCGACGGAAUCUCGUCAGACAGUUGGUCAUUCUGAAUGCAAGAUUAGAUGCCGAUCAAGAAAGCAAUAUCGCACCAACAGCCCUAGCUACCAGGCGGUGGAAAUGGAGUAUGAUCAAUUUUCUCGGCUCCGGGAAUCUAGUGAAGAUAAUCCGGCUGCACUCAAUAUCUUUGGAUGGAAUCCUGAUAGGCCAAAUAUGGUUGACAGUGAAACCGUCAGUCCACUUUCGAGUCCUAGAUCUCAAAGCAUCUCUUCUUCACCGACCCAUUCUCUCUCCACCUGGUCGGAUUCUGGGUCAGACGGUGACGCUGGCUCUGAUUAUUCUUCAGGGAAUGUCUCUCCAGCCUAUAGCUCCGGUUAUCCGGCGAGUCCUGCCUCAGAGAAUUCAAUCUAUCCAAUCGAUUCACCGCCAGCCGAGUUAAUGAGUCCACUUUUCCCGCCCUACCCUGCCUUCUUCAUCUGAUUUUGAACAUUCAGACGAUGAAGAAGAGGACCAAGCGGGUUGUUAUUCUCCAACUAAUGUUGGCUUCGAACUUGAUUCAGAAAGCGAUGGCCUUGCCAUUCCUACUAGUCCGAAACUGCCGUGCAAGAAGCGGGCAAAAACUUGCCAAAGUGAUUUCUCAGGUCGAAGACUUUGUUGUGACAAAGACCUUAAAAUGCUGUGGCUCAAACUAGGACAAGUCGACGACAAAGACUUUUACGAAAAUUGGCCAGAAUUUGCGGCCGAGUCGCGUCAAGUUCCACCAACAGGAAGUAGCCAUCUAUCUUCUGCUCAAACUCAGCUGGCUAGAAGAUACACCGAAACAGCUUACCGAUCUGAAUACUGUCAAAGCCGUUAUAGAUUAUUUGAUAGAAACCCCAACGCCCACAUUUCGAGCCUGUCAAUUCCUCUUCCGACUUGCCAGUUGCCAAUCCUUGUUUGUCGAUCUACUUCUACGAUCACAAUUCCCGUUGGAAGUAUAUCUCGGAUUAAAUCGCAGACUAACUACAGUUCACUGUUGCCCACUACAUUCGAGUCUCCGAAGAGUGGCUGAACAAGUUCUGGACCAAAUGGCUUCCAUUGUAGCGCAGUUUGGACGAGGUGAAAUUGAAAACAUUUUACUCAAGAGCUCCGACGAUUUAGCGUCCUCUGCGGUUGUUGCCAUGGCUGCACCACUGAUCGUUAAAUCCAGGGGUUUGUUACGAAGAUAUGUCAAUGAUCUCCGAAUACUUGAUACCAUUGGAAAGCAGUUACGCUCACCUAAUACUAGAGCAUACGCUGCCGCGUCGUUGUCCUCCCUUGGCUCAUUUCUAAAAAUGGACGACUUUCUCAGUCCUCACACUGCCCUGAGUGAUCUAUUUAGCCAUGAGCCAUGUCAAGUAGCCAAUUUGAGAGAGGACGUUUUCUUCCAAAUAAUUCCCAAUCAAAGGAUUGGUGGUGUCAAGAGUCGUUUACAAGGUGCAAGUUUCUUCGAAGCAAUGUUCCGUGGGGGAUUCCAAGAAUCUCAAAGUAAUGUCGUACCCCUUGUAGACAUCCAAGCUCCAGUGCUUAAGGUGAUCCUCCAUCUUAUUUAUGGCUGUGGUUGUCAAUGCGCAAUUAUUCGAAGCAUUGAACGCUUAGUGAAUUCUGACCGAUCGGCGCUUAGUCUCCUGGAAUCGCUUGACCGGUUCCUAUUGCUUGAACAAUUAGAUGGAAUCAGCAAUUUUAUUGCCAGCCAAGAUUGGGGCAGUUCCCCAAAUAAUUUCAUUGCCCUCUGGACUUCAUUGGAUAGUGGCUUUCCGUUUGUUACGAAGCUAAAAAACCACUUGCAGUAUUUCCCGUUUUCCAAUGCUGCUGACUUUGAUUCCCGGUUUCAGUUAAUCGACACAGUUCUUCGAAUGGAAACAGCCGAUGAAACCAUUGGAAUUUGGAAGAAAAUGUUCCUUUCUAGAAUAGAAGAUAAGUAAAAUUCCCUGACAUCGCAGUAAAAUUCCCUGACAUCGCUUUUGCUAUACCCCUCGUUAGCAGUAUCCCUCAUUUAUCUUGAACUGUGACUAUGCUUUAUUUUUGGUUAUGUGGAUAACACCAGGUGAUAUCAAUAAAUUUGUUGGUCAAUGACAAUGACGGUCGCGACUGUCGUUAUUUUCAUCGCGGCAUUUGCAUUCUUAUACGGCCUCUCCUUUACAAAUUGUUUAACUCCUGCUGCUCUCCCUCUUCUCUUUGGCUCUUUGGCAUUUGGCAAAAAUUGAAAAGAAAUCUGUGUUUUUUUUUGCUGCAGUGAUAUGGCAAUGUUGGUCGCAGCAGAAGCUCUUAUUCACAAUCACAAUCACGAAAUUGUUUCGCAGUUCGGACUUAUAGGUUAGAGCAGACUUAGAGCGAUUUUUUGUUUUCUCUGCUUUCAGUGGUUGGGUCCUUCAGUUUACAAAUUUUUUAGGCGGGUUGUUCUAUUUGGUACAUGUCGCUGCUCAUGUUCAGGGUCUUUUCGGUUUUUAAUACCCUUCGUUGUUAAUUAUCAAGUAAUCAUGUAAAUAAAUAGUGAAAUCCUAGAAAGUCGUACGAUCGAUAUAGUUAAGUUCUUUUCUUAUCAAGUUGGGCAAUCGAAAAUGACCGAUCUCAAUCAUAAUGGGACUAGUCUGGGUGGUAGUGAAAUUGGACAGGCAUCUCAAUGGAAUUUCACCAAGACCAUUCAGACUACUCUGGAGGACAUUGAAAUUGAUGCCAAUUUUGCCUGGCUGAUAUUCUCCCUCCUCAUUGCUAUGUUUUGGUUCACCUAUAUUACACAUUACAGUGCUCGUGUCAUUGGCCAAAUUCUCACUCGGUUGUUAAACAGAUUUGUAAUUGGAAGUGGGUAUUUAAGAAUAGGUUCACUCACAUUUGAUGUGUUAGCAGGAAAAAUCAUGUUUCGUGACAUUGUUUACACUAGUGAGGAUUUUAGUAUUAGAAUUCAAGAUGGAUGGUUGGUGUUUCGAUGGUGGAGAUCCUAUGUGCCCAAAGAUAUAACAGAAGACUUGUCACAUUCAGAUACUCGUUUGUCGCUAAUGCUUAACGGUCUUGAAUUGCACAUCUAUAAUCGUUCCAACUUGUACAACGAACUUGAAGAGCUAUUUGGUUUGGAAUCAUUAAUCAUACCAAACGAGGGUAGUGGAAAUCUGGGCAAUAGUUCAGUUAACAAAACAACCAAUAAAGCAUCGACGUCAAGCAAAUUAACCGAUGAUGAAUCGAAUAGUUGGGGCGCGAGAGUUCUCGGUCGUUCAUGGAGAGACUUAAUUCCAGUUAUAAAAGUGGAGAUAUGUUGCGGCCGUGCGGUAUUUGGAAAUCGGCUGGUACCCACGACUCUGUGUCUUUCGAUGGAGGAAGGUUAUAUGGUCUACUCAACUAAGCCUGCAAUGUCCAAGCUUGAUCAUUUCGUUCACGUUGUCACAUGUCGAGCAGAAAAUUUUAAAGUAACUCUUGCGCCAAGUUUAAAAUAUACGGGUUUAAAUGAUGAGCCGCCUAGGCUCAUGGGAGAAGGCUUCGUCGUUCUUUCUUCCAAUACCAUCGACUUUUACUACUACAUGGACGAGCCUGGUGUCGUGCCGGAAGUGCCUCUUAUGGUUGAGUUGGCCAAUGGCGAUGUGGUCGAAUGUCAUGCACCUGUCUGGGGACUGGACAUCCGCUGUGGCAAAGGAACAGAUUUUAGUUACGGCCCUUGGGCCGAUAGGAAAAGAGAGCAGUUAUUUAAAUUCUUCUAUCCUCCAAAUUAUCAGCCUAUGAAGAUUACGUCUCCACCGCGACCAGGCGAAAAAAGAACGGUACAAUCUUUUGACAUCCGUUUUAGCACUCUAAGCGAAGCCACUGUGGAUGUGUUGUUCACAAAAUGCAAGGAAACAAACGCCAUUCACAUGACGAUUGGCGCUGGAUCCUACUUGGAAAUAACUAUUCCAUGGACAGUGAAAUCUGACGGUUGUGCGACAAAAAUUUCUGGCCAACUCCUCCAUGUCGAUGCUUCUACAAGCUUGCAGUAUCGAAGCUUAAUGGAAGCCGAAACGUUAAAAUUUGCAGUUUUAAUGCAAUAUCCGGUUGCUUGGAAUUCGCAUCAAAGUUGGAAUUUAUCAUUAACGGGAACGAAAGCCACUUUGCACCUUAUAUACGAGCAUCGUUAUUUUUUUCAAGAUCUGAUCAACGACUGGUCAUCAAGAAAUCCAGCCGAUUUACUACAUCACAUCCCUUAUACUUGGUUCCUUAAGUUUUGCCUUAAAGAGUUUGAGCUAGUAACAAUCGCCAAUCAGUACAAUUGGGUUGAUUGUUCUUCGCAGCGUCAAGAAAAUGCUUACGCGGCAUUUAGCGGAGAUUUUCUCGAGCUUGCCUUUGCCCUUCCUUUCAACGACUUUCUCCCAGCAACAAUGGAACUGAAAUUCCAAAUUCAAGGUGAGUCGCUUGAUAUGAAUGUGCAGUUGCCUGAAAUGUCCACCAGCCGACCGGUCCUUUUGGCGCUUGCAGCGCAUGCACGGACAGCUAAUAGAUCUGCGGAGCCCAUACGAAAUGAAACGCCAAUCGACUGCGGCAAGGAACGUUGGCGUAAUUUAGUCAAACGUUCUGAGGGCUGGGUCCAGUGCUGGACGGUGCCAGUGAUUUCACUCGGCAUCCAGUACACUUACCAUCCAAUGACUCCUCCGGGGCCAGCGCCACAGGCCAACGUGCCUACACCAGAGAGGGAAGAACUACUGCUGACCCCAGUCCGUUUUCCUGUUCCCACUACAGCGUCUCUUCAAGUCCCGCUUAGAACUGGUCGACCAUCCGCUUUGGAAUUCGAUCCGACGACCUUAACGGCAGACCAGGUCAAUGUCGAAAUAGAGUUGGGUCCGUCUGAGUUAUUCGUCUAUGGAACUGUUCUCCGAGUUUUCCUUAAUCUCAAGGAAAAUAUUUUUGGUGAAGAUCAAAGAAUGGCUGAUAUGGAUCCAUCGGCUGCAAUGCUUGACAUGGAGAGAACGGGUAAAAAUGAAUCGCUAAACCGAAGCGCUGAUCCUAUUCCCGAUACAAGCGCCUCGAUGGAAGAGAAUGUCAUAGACGUACGCAUCGGUCGACCACUUCAUGUGAACGUCUCGGUCACAAUGCAUGAUAUUAAUGCCCACCUAAUGAAGCAUUGUAGCAAAGACGAUCCUCCGUGUCCAACUGUUUUUCUGGAGAAACUCAGUUUUGAAAUGAACAAAACAUUUCUCGAGACUAGACUCCAGCUUCUCGUAUCACCAGCAGUUUUGUAUUCAACAGACACCGUUUUACGGACUGCAGAGAGCUGCCAUCUUCAGCAGGGCUUUUUAGUAUUGUCAGCGCUACAAGUGCGUGGUCACGCAAUGUUCAGUCCAACGGGGCGAGCCAUCGAUGAAGACACAAUCGAAUAUGCCUGGUUAAUAGAGGCCACGUUAGGUCAGCUGACGGGUCGAAUGACUAUGCCACAAUUGCAACAUGUCACUGCCGGACUGGAAAUCUUUCUUCGCUUGGCAUUGGAUGAAGAAAAUCAGAUGAUACGUCCACCCAAAAGCCAGACAUCGUGCCACCAUGGAACUGCCCAGCCGCUUUGUCCAUUCUCAACAACACCUAACCAGUCCGCAAUCAAUCUGCCAACCACCUUGGGUUCAUUGUGCCCAUCCUCGGAAGACAUUAAGUAUCGCAUGACCCGUCUUUCUAUCGACCUGAUUGAUUUUUCUCUAGUAGAAUCGGGCACGGCCGUUACAUUACAGAUCUAUCCAUUACGAUUGGCAACUUGCAAUUUGCAUACACGUCGGACUCAUGCAGGUGUGUCCAUCCUAAUGCCUAAAGUGCACCUACGUCAAUAUUUGAGCACCUCUCGCGGACCCAACCUCGACAGCUCUUUUACAGCGCUCAACGCCACGGAUCGUUACAAGUCAGGAGCUGUCAAAAUGAGCAGCAGCAAUAGCACCUGGAAUCGAACUCAAGCUAGUGGCUAUUCACGUUCUAGCGUCGAAGAAUUGUACAUGGGUCGGGAAAAGCCGCACAGUCCAAUCGACAGCCAUCGGAUUGAUUUUGGAUCGGCAGCUCCUAUUGCAACCGGAAUCCCUUGCCAGGAAUGGCUCGAAGUUGGUCUUGUUGAAAUUGGACCCAUUUAUGUAGAUGUUGGAUCAUCGGCAGACCAUUGCCGUGUCGAUCUACCCGCUCUUCAGAGCUCUUUUCUACGACUUCACGACACCCGUACACAUCGUUUGUGGUUCCUCUGGGAUAACCUCGUUGAUAUUAACGACGUAGCCGCCCAAGCCGAUUCUGGCGGUCAGCCAAACAGCAACUUAGGCAAAUGCGGUUGCCGAGGUGGUUGCGCAUUCUUCGGACGCAAUUUUAACGGUUUCGGUUUUUUUUAUUGCCACGAAGACGACUUAUUAGGAAACUCUGAUCAUUACGUUGCCCUGGCUAAUCCACUGCUCAGUCGUGGAACCGACCCCGCUUUUAGCCAAAGUAUCUUGAGAACGGAUGCUUUUUUAAUUGAUUUCGAUCCACCAGCCAGAACAGGAGGUAAUUCACCUCCAACGGCUGCAGCAUCGAAAGAACGACCUCAGUCCGAUGUCAGCAAUACUAGCACUAUGAAAAAUGUGCCUGGGGUGUUAAUUCUUCCUGAGAAAGCGUCGCAUUCAGACCGCGUCACGAAUGUAAACUUGGAAGAAACUGAAGAAGGAGACGAAGAAUUGAAUCAAUUAACCAAUUUUAAGACUCGAUCAAGGAACCGGAUGUCAUUCCGUGAAUUGGAAAAUCAGUCGAUUCAACAAAAUGGAUCACGGCAACGUGAACUUGGUACGGCAAAUUCUACCCCAUCUCUUCCGAUGACCAGCCCUGGAACAAAACGGAAAAUUUUCUCUGGAAAACGGAUGUCUGGACAAAAUUCUAUGCCAGCCCUAGCCGAUCAGGCGACUGUCGAACACCGACAUCCAUUGGUGAGCCGUAAGCGUUCCACGAUUUCCUCGAGAACCAGCCGAACUGAAUCGCAGUCCGAACUUUAUUACUCGGCAGAAGAAGACGAUGAAGAUGUGGCAGACAGUUCUCCAUCGGACGAACUUGUUUCGUUCCCUGCUAGUCUACCAGAUGAGGCCACCAACCUCAUCGUUGCCGAUGGCAGUCGAAAUAAGGGCAGAUGCUCCGUAGCUUCGUCCUCCUCUUCGUCAACGAGGACUUCACCUUCCUCCAGCUCCCGUAUGAGUAGUCGCCCGACAUCGAGAACAUCCAACAUCUCUUUUAAUUCCGCUGUAUCAUCCGUGGAUGAUUUCUCGUUAGUUGACCUUCAUCUGCAAUCCGCCCGUCCCGUGGUCGACUCGCCUCUUCUUUUGACCAGCUACAUCUCCCAUUUAGGAGAGGCGGAAUGCCCUAAUUGGUCUCAACCAGCACCAAAGUUUCCGACGGAAAUUCGUCAAUCACACACAUCAAAACUCCGAUUCCACAUGAUAAAAUCUGGAUUUUCAUCUUUCCGCUUGGUCGAUCGCCCACUGAACACUCCUGGUCAUCAAGGAGCUGGUUUCGGGUUUUUCGCUCCGCAUUCGAAAGAACCAGUUGAAAAGAGCGGCCAGCCAUGGGUCUGGGACGCCAGUGAAGAAGAAAGGCCAUCAGGUACAAGCGGAACCAAAACCGAAAGGUGCGAUGCAUCCACUGUACUAGUGAAAGUUGGUAGGCCCAUUCACGUCAUGUGUUGCCCUCUAAGCCUGGAAUCCGCCCAGCGUUUUGUCGAAACUCUGGUGCCCACUCUGGAACAUCUACACCCGAUGACGUUGAUGACACGCAUCUAUGGUCGAUCCAUCAGUCAUGUCGAGUCUCAGAAUCCGCUCAAAAAACAACGAAUGGCUUUGCUGGAACAGAAAACCGGGCCCGCUUUGUACCGUGACUUAACCGUCUACCAACUGCGCGGUUCCAUUCAAAUUCCACGUAUAAAUCUGUGUUUGCUGCAAGCUGGCAUAGUGGAACAAUUCAUAUCGUUAUCAAUGCUAGACAAUCCUCGCGAUCUCGUCUGUGUCUCUUCGGCGGCCGUUUGUAUUGACGCUCUUUCACUCCAUUUCUCCCAAAAUGUGCGAGAAUGUCGAUGGGUGCAAGCCGUCAGUCGUCCCGUAGAGCAAAGACAAAGUGGAGGUAAUAAGAGUUUCUUUGCGAGCGUUCAGAAACCCAAGAGCAGACCCGGCAAAUCUCUUGGAGUUCCUGAAAUUGUCUUUGUCGAAUGGACGCAGACUGAAAACGAGCAAAUCAUGGCCAGCGGCACUCUGGGUAAAAUUCACCUUCAAAUGAGACGCCUCAACAACGACUCACCUUCGCAAACUCCUGGACUUCCCCCUGACAAUGUCACGGCUACGGUGAUACCCACAGGAUGUUCCAGAGUCCUUUUUAGCUAUGCCAACGACCACGAGCUUUCGGCUCAAUCAUUCCCUAUUGUUUCAGACGAAGAACGUUAUGGCAGUGUCGUGUUCGAGUGCGGCCUUCAAGGUUUGAACCUCCGUGCCGUCAAACGAGUGUCAAAUGUCCCUGAAACUGGCAAUGCCAGCGAAAAUAGUGACCUAAAAGGAUCGGUCGUUACCACGGUCGAAAUGGAGACGAUACCUUUACCCAACGAAACCCCCACCGUCGACGACCAACCUCCGGGGUCCGUGCCGAGCCACUCUAGUCACAUUUCGUUCAAACAGCGCUCGGAGAAAGGGACACCCACUUCAGCCGAACCACCUGACGCCCAUCAUCAGCAAAAUGCCGGGCUGAUUCGGCCCCAGGCUGAAAAAGACCUGUCGUCGUGUUCGCUUCAAAUUCAAGCCGUUUGGUUGAGUUUUGCCGCUCCGCCUCGUACAUCUCCAGCAAAGAAAUCUGAGUUUGCCCUUUUAGAUCGAAAUUUAUUAUCGACAGCUUCACCUGCCAUUAACGCCUGGAUGAAUUCCGGUGAUCGAUUGGCCAUAACUGUGAUGCAACUAGUUCGUGCGGCCGAAACGCGAUCUCUUAGCGUUCUGGCAGGGCUCAUGGCCGAAGCUCUAGACGUCCAGCAGAUCCAUUUGCCGAUCAAGAGUAAAUACAGCUGUUUAUCACUCAUGUCGCGGACAUUGCAAGAGGACCCGUCGUGUCAACUCAAUUUGGUGCUCCAUCGCUACGUUUUGAUGUUGAGGAACGAAUGGGCUACUUUGGAGGCCCGCCUUGCACCCAGCAUCGUUCCCCCGUUAUCGACCCUAAAGCAGGGUGUGAUCGUUCUCGGCCGUCAAUGGAAGAGCGCCAUUUACACUCCUUUCAUGCUGACGUAUUCGCUACACAAGAACAGCGCCCAGAAGACUCCAGCGAAUCUCAGCGUUCCGAUCAACAGCCAUUUUAUGGCAAUGGGCAGAGAUCCGGGUCGUCUUCAUUUGGCAUCGAUGAGAAGUGGCCCUCCGUCUGCAGACCUUGGCGACGAAGAUGAGCGUUUGUUGGCAGGCCACAACGAAGCCGAAAGCUCGUGGAUAUCGUCGGAUGAAUCCAGUCUUGUUCUCAGUCCAGCUGACCUCAACGAAUCCAGUCUACCUCUUCUGGGUAGGAAUUCGACUUCGCAACCGUCAUCUCCACCGAAAAUCUCAGCCCUUCGUCGCAAAUUGACAGGGGGAACACAUCCGUCUGGUUUCGGUGGCAGCUACGAAUUGAAAACAAUUUCAGCGUCCAGUGCCGAAGAGGAAAAUGACGAAGAAGACGCAACAGCUCCGUUGCGCAAAACCGAUAAAAAAGAAUCGAAGGAAGAGUUUGAUCUCUACAACUGGCUAGCCAGGCAACAGAGAAGUGCCGUUAAACCAGAUCAGGCUAAACCGACACCAACAGAACUUCAGCCUCAACAGCAACAAUCACAGCAGUCGUCCGACCAGAAGCAACAGCAGCCUCAUCAGCAGUUCAAUUUGUUAGUAGACACAAGGGCCAUCUUCGUCUCCCUUUUUGCCAGCGUCGGCCUGGAAAGCAAACGCACGCUUUCCGACGUCCUCUCUCUCAGCGGAAGCGCAUCCGUGCUGGGCGGAAUCGAAGAACUUCGCGUCGAAAUCUUCGAGAGCGAAUGGAAUCAAACUGGAUCUUCAUCACGACGUUCCAAGAUGGGGAAAACAGCGGGACAUAAUAGUGGAAGAGCAAAAAAUGCCACGGGCGGUCACAAGUUCAGCGUUUACAUUCCGCCGGAAGUGCCAGCAUUUCUCUGUGAACGCAUGUCGAUCGAAAUUCAAGUGAACCAGGUAUCGGACGGUGGACUACUGGGCGCUGGUGGCACCUGUUGUGAUGAAAGCACCGGUGGCGUUUCAGGUCGGGGUCCAUCAGCCGAGUCGGAAACUGCAGCCGCAUCUUCAUCAGUAGCUGCUGUAGGCGGAACAGGAUUUCUUGGCCAAAUCGGCCUAUGGAAACCCCAAAGGACCACGGCCCUGAAUUUCAGUGUCUCUGUAGGUUAUUUGUCCCAGCAGGUGAACAUGCCCCUCUUGCGGCUUCUUCACCAACUCAGCAGCGUUUACGGCAACGCUAAAGCAACACAAGUCCAACUCAGAGAACAGAGGCCAUUAAAACGCGGGCCCGAUCCUCUUCGAGCUUUGACGGUCAUUUUCGACUCUCCAGAAUCUACCCCAUCCCCUCCACUACCCCAACGACCUAUUCAAUCAGAACCAGAGCCUUCACCUUCUAUUCAGUCGGAAUCCAUUCAAUUCGCCAAUCGUUCCUUCCGUCCGCCUAGUUUUUUGGCCAACAGGCUUCGUUCGAGCUCGCGCUUUGCAAAAAUGUACGAUCACGAAGAUAACCAUAUGGUUGUUCCAACUACCUUGGCUACAGAUACAAGCAAGCACGUUCAAGAUGGCGUUGAUCCAUCUCCAACUCUUGCUUCCGCCACCGGAGCCACUGUUGGUUUGCCUAGUUGCUGGCGUACCAUCUACCAUCUCUUGGAUUUGUACUCGUCCAUGACAGCGGCCAGUACGGUAAACAAACAACACAGCAUCAGUGAGCCACCGAAUUGCCCAACGGGCGAUGCCGAGCUAGGAUUGGGUCCUACUCCGGCUUCAACCCGAGCUGAUAGUCGUCCACCCAUUUCCAGCCACACCACUGUGGUGGCAUCUCGCUCGGAACGUACCCGCAUCAUUGUCUUUGGCAUCAUGAAAGUGAAUCGUGUCCGGCUGUUGGCCAUGCUUAGCGGCCUUCGCCUCGAAUCAGAAAUAGUUUCACUCCACACCAGUUUGACGUACAAAGAAAAAGUCCGCGUUGGUGGUUUGCCUCAUCGGUCUCAUGCUCCACCUUUCCAACACAAUUUCCCACGCAUGGAGUGCUCUCUGACGGGCCAUUUAGGUCGGGCCAUGAUCGUCUUGCUAGAGGGUGUCGCACCGAGUCAACAGACGGUAGUCAAGAUUACCGUGGGCAAGUCACAGGCAUUGUAUUCUCGGUUGUCCCAUCACGGUAAAGACAAGAACUCGGGCCUACUCUCGAUCGGGGCCGUCCACGUGGACAUCCCGCAGCAUCCAGGUGUUCUGCACGGCAUGAUGACACGCGGCUCUAAACAGCUCUCUUCGACCCUACAAGAAUUCAGAGUACCUCGGCUGGCCAGCCGCAACACCGGACGGAAUACUAGCACCAUCCCUGAUGAGCUGGAUCUAGUCGCCGGAGGACUCGGCGCUGGAGGCAGCGGUGUUUUUGGAACCAACGCCAACGCGCUCGGUCCUUUGCUGCAAUCGCCACCUAAGGAGAUCCCGGUUCCCGCCGUGGAACAUCGUUCCGUCGGAGGGAAAGUCGAACGAGAAGCCACCACCAAUCUGCUUCAGCCAUUGGUUAUGCAGUUCUCCAUCGUUUUGCAACGAUUGAGCAUAACGGCUGCUCUUCUACCUUCGCUGCAAGCCCAGUACCAGAUGGAACAGGUUGUCAGCGCUGGUAUAACAGGUAGCAAAGCCAAAUUCGACAUCGAUCUACCGCGCCAUUCACUGAGUUUUACAACCAAACUUCAAAUCACCGAGAAUCUUCCACCAUCAGCGUCCAUUGAACUGCCUCAGGUGCACGUUGGGGCCGAGUAUCUUCAGGAUAGCGUCAAAACGGAAGGCUUUGUUGACGGAGUGGUGCUGUGUCGUGGCAACUACUUAAGUGCCGUGGCUGAAAUUGGAGUCUUUGAGCACAGUUUGACCACCGAUCUGCUCAAUCAUUUGGUUUUUGUUCAAAAGGUGUUUAUGGCUGAAGUCAACGAUGUCCUCAACAAAGUGUCCGGUGGUGACAAGCCUGUCCCGCUAUGGGAAGAACAACCUGCCGACCAACAACAACCCGACUCUUCGGCCAUGCGGAUGCUUCUUUACCACCUCAUUGUUCGUUUAAAAGGCAUCCAAAUAACAGCGACUACACCAACAAAUACGGCCGUCCGGCUAGAAACAGGCCUGGUUGAAUUGCAACUCUCCAACAGAGUCCAGAACGUCUUUUCGCAAAGCAAUGCGCAGCGAAGUGCAGGAACAUUUUCACCUCCAUCCGCUUCGUCUUCGGCGCAGGCGUCUCGUCCAGCAAAAUUAUUCGGCCGAGCCAAAGUAGACCUGAAUUUGAGCUUGGGUCAGCUGAUCCGUAAUCCGCUUUUCGAAGAAGCCGAAGCCGAAUUUCAACAAGUGGCUUUUUUUAAGACGCGCAUUAGCCUACGCAACGCGUUCCAGGACGAACUAACACCCAACGAGCCGGGAGGAGUCGAUCCAGCGGCUGAUAAAGAGGUGGUGCUUAUCACCUUAACACGCCCGCUCAUCUACUUGCAGCCAGUGGCCGUCGAUAAAGCAAUUCUCGUUUGGCUAAAUUAUAAGAACGCUUACGAAUACUGGACAGAGCAACGUGGUGGAUGGAUCAAGGACGCCUCACUCGUAGCAGAUAAAUCGGACAAGCUGGAUAAAUUAGGCCAGCUGACUAGCCAACUAGGAGUAGGAGCCCCAAGUUUGGGUACACUCUUUCUCCAACUGACUGUAGAUGACAUGGGGAUUUGUAUGCCACUUAACAUGGCCCCGGCCAGCUUAUGGACAGGCAACGGAACUGGGCGAUCCGAAUCCAAUCGACAAGGCCAUUCGUCCGAACCGGAAAUUUGCAGCGCUGUCGUUGUGACGUUAGAGAAUUCUAGCAUUUCAGCUUGCAGUUCUGGCUCGCUCGUCAGCAAAGGCAAAUUCACCGGACUUUGUCUAAGGUUCGCAGACGAUUUCGAAACGGGACUGGAUGACUGGAAACCUGACAUGGACGAUCCAGCCAUUAUGAAUCUGUGCGUAGUUUCGGAAGGCACUUACGAGGUGUGCAGUCGCACCGUAACACCGGCUCAACAUCAACACGGCGAAAACGCUAAGUGGAUCCUUCACGUUGGAUGGCAGAUGGAAGGCGUGGACACCCACUUUGAUACAUCGAUUGGUCGUCAAUUUUCGGCUCUCGGUCACACGCUCACCGGUUUGACGGGAAGCGAGGAAGAAGAAGAAGAAGGGGAAUACGGUGAAGACUACGACGGUGAUGGCAUAGAUGGAGACGAGAGGAGUUCUCCGGCAGCUAGUCCGUGCGAUGAAAUUGGUGAAGGGUCGGCCCUCGGUGCCAGUACGGAUGAAGAUGAAACAUUAAUUGCCGAUCCGCAGGAUGUUAACGAAGCCGUGGAGCUGCGUCGCCGUCGUGGCAGGAUCGAACGGGCUGUGACCAUCAGCGAAACAGUCGCAACUAUGCCGCGAGGUGGCCGUCAUCGUUCCAAGCUGAUCGAAAAAGAAAUGAGUGAACAGGCGCGAAUUAUCCAAGAUUUGAAAUUGUUAGGGGCCAGCUCGGCUACCGUCGAACAAGAGAUGCGUAGACUUCAGGAACUGGAAGCUCUGGCCUCGAAAGAUUUCCGUCGGGUUAUGCUCCAGCGGCUGAAAAGACAAAGCGUCAAAGCUUCUUCCAUCAUCACAGAUCAUCCGGUGACGUCCACUUCGCUUUCUUCCGUGUCAGGCAACGCGGCCAAUCAGCGGCCGCCCUCUCUACAUCACUCGCAGUCCCAACGGUCACCUCCGCAGAGUCACACCAAUCAUCAAAGGUCCAGAUCUGUUGUCGUACCGCCAGUAGUUCUGGAUCUCGAAACUAGCGGCCACGGUUCCACGGAUGACUUCCUGCUGCGCGACGCUCAGCGUUUCCUUCUUCCGCCAAUUGAAGGAAGUCCACCCAUGAGCUGCCUUCCGACGCCCACUAGCGAUGCCUAUCGCGGUGGUGCUGGCGGAACCAGACGGCCAAGAACACCAACUUCAUCAAUAGCCGGCGGUGGUCCGCCGUUGUUGGAGCAGGAACGGGACCGGAGCGGGGCUACCUCAGCGGCUGAAAACCCGAGCGGCGUAGGUUGCGGAACCAGAAAUUCCAGCGAGCCCAGUGUCGAUUUGGAAUUAGAUUUCAAAGUCUUCAUCAACAGCGGCAAGUGCGUUUUACAUACGCGCGAUACCCGUAACGACGAAAUGCUUCGCCGUAUGAAAAAGGAACGUUCAUUUUCCAGCUCUGUGCUGGACACUGCCGCCAACCCGCAUCAGCCAAGCCCAGCACCGGCCCGUAAGCCAGGCAGAGCCGAUAUGCGCCACAAUGCGUCAACGUCUCGUCUGCGCGUCUUGGCCAAUAAUACCGCCCAAAUGGCGGUCGAUUUGACCAUCUUCCACAUUCCUGGAUUAGACGUUAAAGUUUAUUACGAAUCCAAAACAGUUCACGAAGAGACACUACACAUUCCUACACCAAUCAAUGCUUCUGCCUCCCCCGUAUCUUCAGCGACCAACAAGGGCAAAUUGUCAAACAAGAAAGGAAGUCUCUUUGCCUGGAUGACGCUGCACAGCAUUCCAGAAGAAACUAUCAUAAGUCCGCACAUUUUGGAAUUCCUGGAACAGGCUCUGGAGCCUAUUCCGAUCACAGCUCCGGAAGCGAAACCAACACCAACAUCGGCCACAGAGAAUUCGGGACUGUUCAUCUUCGAUGGACCGGCAUCAACCGGCUCUCCAGGUAGCUCCACCACGGCAUCCUUUCCGGUAGAUGUGGUCGUUUACUGUCACGUCCAGCCGUCCACAUUCCGGUUCUCCUGUCUGCCCGUCUCGCGCGUCGAGUGUCUCCUUCGCUUACCGUCUCUCCACCUCGUCUUUUCAUCAAAGCGUUCCGAAAAUCAGGCCCUAACAGGCGGUGGAUUGAGCGUCACUGGAUGCUUAUCAGAUUUCUCUCUUUACAUCUUCCAUCCGUACGGUGGGGGUAAGAAAACGAGCGGGACUUCAUCGAAGCGCGAAGCCAAUGACGCCGAGAGUGAACGUAAAGAUUCGUUGAGUGUCAACGUUGAGUUCGUCAAAUUCAACUUGUCGCGUUCCAGGAAAGUCAAUUUUAGCCCGAGAACGGCCGGAGAGGCCGGAAAUCGAGAGCCACGUAACGGCCGAGAUAGUGCUAGCGAUCCAGCUAAGGCUGUCGUUCGUUUCUCGACACUCAUCGACAUCGGAUCGGCAAGUUUCAAGUACGACAUGCGUCGUUUGCCAGAAAUCUUAGCAUUCCCUAAAGCUUGGUAUCGAAGAGCUAUUGUCCGUCAUCUCUUCCUGGGCGAUUUGAGCAAAACGGAUUCCUCGGCGCCAGAUCUUCUCCCUCCAGCCAGUCGGGAUCUCUGGGCAGAGCUGCAACCCGAUCAAUCCGGGUUAUCUCCAGCUUCUGCAUGGGAGACGUUGGUUGUCUUUGCCGUCAAUUUCACCAAGUUAAAUGUCCACAUGAACAUGGGCAACGUUAUGGGAAACGUUUCGUGGUUAACUAAAGACUUUAAAGCCGAAGGACGCUUGUCUAUUGGCAGCACCGGUCACAAGAACAUGCACAUUGGAAUCGGGCUGGAAGGAUCCGGCCUGGAUGCCAAGGGUGGCAUCGUCGGUGGUACUAUCGAAUUGAGCGGCAUCAACACUUCAUUGUCCAUUCGGGAGGAUCCAGGUACGGAACCAGACCAUCGGAUGUCCAUCAAACUGCAAGUGUUGGAAUGCCGGCUCGAUUACAUGGGCACUAGCGUCUUGAUGGGUCGCGUUAGCGUGCUGGCCGUUGAUUUACGGGACGAAUGGAGGAUCGGCAAUCUUAUCAAGAAUCCAGACAAAGUUCCAGCCAGGCGGACAUCGAUUGCAUCUUCGCCCACCAAACGGCCUGCCAUGAUUUUUAUUCAUGGCGACCUUGGAUGGGAUCAACUCCAGCUGAUGAUAUCCAAAUCCACAACGGCCGAUCUAAUCAAAAUGUACCUCAAACUUGAUGAAUUUUUCCAGCAACAAUUCCGCAGCAGCAGGCGCAUUUUUUCAACGUUAUCGGCCACCGGUGGCGGCCACAGCAGCAUCCGUCGUAAGGGUGGCGGCAAAAAUGUGACUGCCAAAAUUGCUGUAAGUGUAGAGCCGGCCGGCCCUACUGUUGAAGCUCAACAUCACAGGCAUUGGCAAAGCGUCCUGAAGCGUGUUGCUGGAUUGGAAAUUGCCACGUUACCUACACCGUUGCCAAUGACUGGCACCAUCCUCGGUGGCACAAUGGAACUGCAUGGCGGUCACAUCUCUCUGGCCUGUUUCCACGGUGUCAACUUCAAAUCCAAGUCGUGGGCACUUUUUAGCCUUAAGGACCCGUGCGUUUCAUUCGCUACCGAAGCCCAGGAGAUUCCAGGCGAUUCUGAUCCGAAGAAUAUCCACGUUGUUCAGAAUCUGUCAUUUAGCCUGGGGCUAAGUGGACCUGGCUCUCAUACGCCUGUUGGUAUUGGUUAUCGCGUUAUCGAGCAGCAACAGCAGCAAAACAGUCCAGCAUCUAUGGCCACAGUUUGUCGCAUUUCCCGCACGCAACUCUUCCCUCCGCAGUUCAAAACGAUCCAGGACUGGUUCCUUUACGCUUUCGCUAACAGCCGGCUUGACGCCAUGGAGCGAUUUCCUAGUUUGGAACGGGAACGGGAACGUUCAAACUCCGGUGCUGCCCAUGUAUCAGUCAAAAUUCCUGAUUAUCAUCACGCUGCCGAAAUCAUUUUCGCUUUCCCUAGUCUACAACUCCAUCUGAAAUCGGAGCAUUUGCAGACUGGCUCUGUACCUUCACUGACAGAAGAAAAACCAAGCGUAGAUUGCAGUUUCAUUACGGAUUUCGAAGAUCAUAUUUUCGUUACGGUCGAUGCAGAGGCAUUCUUUUUCCUACACGAUCUCAUAUCAUCAUACGUCCGUGAGAAAGAGCGAGUGAUUCUUGCCUCGGCGGCCAGCAAUCAACGGACUCAAAGUCCUGAACUUCAAAAGGCAGCUAUGGGUAGCACGACAGCUGGCUCCUCCCUGGCCGAGCCCACUCCCAGCCAGGGAAGUCCUAGCAUCAAUAAUCCAUCGCUUUCGCUACAGCUAACGAACGAAGAUGAAAAGAAACGUCGCAUUCUCGAACAGAUCGACUGGCGCAGUUACGAAUGCAAAACGUGGCAUUUAGAACCAACCGUCCGGUUACUAUCAUGGGCUGGUAAACGUAUUGAACCUUACGGAGUUGAAUACAUCUUAAACAAGCUGGGCUUCUCGCAAGCCCGGACGACCAUUCCGAAAUGGGUUCAGCGUGGUGCUAUGGACCCAUUGGACAAAAUCCUGUCUCUAGUCUUGUCACGCACCAUAGCCGCCCAGCGCGCCAAAGUGUCACAGGCCGCUAGUUCCACAUCACCUGGUGGGGUCAUCAUCGGCGUAGGCGGGAGUAGUGGGGGCGUGAGUUCCAAUAACACAGUCAAUAGCACUCGGCCGUCGACAAAGUGAACGACAUUUCACACUGCCUACUGACUUGAUAGCGCUACGAGCGACCACAUCGUUGUUGUUUUAACGCAAAUUGUUUGUUUAUGUCUUUUCGACAAUGUAUUUCUGUCCUUCUCUUUUUUUUUUUUGCCUGCAAACAACGAUUCUAGUAGGGUGAAAAGGGAGAGCUUAUUAAAAUAAAGAGUAACAAUAAUAAUGAUACAAUAAUAGGCAAUUGAUUUGCAUGACUGUAAUUUUUGUAAUAUUUCGAUGUGUUUAAAAUACACGUUUUUCAAUGGUG